GGUAUUAGAUGCAAAAUUUAGAAUGUUUUCUGGCAUCUCUGAAUUCAAGAUCAGUCGUCAUUUCAUGUGUAGACAGCGAUCUGGAGAAUUUUUUCGUGACGUUAAGUUCACUGAGCUGCUAAUAAUCUUCAUGUUCAUGUCAGUCUCAUACGUUGUGUAAUUUGAGUAUACUCAGACCACGAGCCAUUUGCAGAAGUUGUUUACAUUAAGGAGUUUGCGUUAUCAGCUAAAAGUAGAAAAAGAAACAAGUGUCGAGAAACGAGAGAACCGCAGACAAACCAGCGUCAAAAUGAUACCCAGUAAAAAGUAUUGAUAGUCGCUUCACAGCGCCUUUCGCUGAAGGAACUUCUGAGGCGCUUUUUUCUGUUUUUAUUUAUUUUUCGUUUAUUACUUGUGAGGAUUCGAAGUUUGAUACCGUGAAAAAAAACAGAAGGCACAAACCAAAUCACAGAAUUUGUUGUUUAAUCAAUUCAUGGCUAGUUCUAUGAACAACAAGACCCGUUUUCGUCGUAGAUUGGCUGCGAUAUCUUUUCUGUCCAACAUCUCGUUGGACGGUACUCACAGAGACACGAAACUAGGACCAUUGCACGGGUCCGGAGCAGGCGCUAGUGGAGUAGAUUCGAACGCGAACAAUAACAAUGUCGCUGGAGGUGUGCGGACGGCAAAUUUUGAUGACUCGUCAGAGGAUAAUAUUGAGGCACCUGGGACGGGUGCAAAUGCGGAGCAUUCGAACAAUUUUGAACAGGUUGAGUCCAACUUGCACGAUGGAAUUGAAUCACAGGCACACACUGGUGCCUUGAGACGAACUCGUGCCCGGACUGGUACAUUUGGGAAAAGUUCAGACCGCAGCGCGUUCAAUCGGAUUGAUAGCGAAGGAAAUGUAGUUUAUGGCAAAGCAGCUUCAACACCGAUGAAGGAUAGAGAAAAUGUAAAUCCCAAUGACGGAGUUUAUCCCUACUAUUCAGCAGAUAAAAGAGCUCGUGCAAACUCCACAUCCCUUAGGGCUGGCAGUAGUGGAAUCAAACGAGCUCUGCUUGUGAACACCAGUGGUGACGACAAGCGAGCAUCUGAUUUGCCUAAUAACAGUAGCACUGAAAGCUUAAUUCAAGGCCGACGAAACGUCACUAUUAAUCACCCAGCUACAAAUAAUAUAAAAUUCAUUACUCCAGAACUCUAUCGCAAUCAUAACUUUCGCGACGAUAGCAAUGUUCUUCUUUCAAAACGCACACCAUGCUUUCUUUUUUCGGUGCUGCCUCACCAUAGAAACAAAACAUCGAGAACCGAGACUCGUCGCGAAGGAAGACGGCGCAAUCCGUCUGGUACCAGACCAGUUUCUUCUUUUAGUGAUCUUCCCUUCGACGCGUUUCGACUACUCGGAAUCGAGCGAGGUGGAGAGUCAGGCCAGGAGGUAUCGUACGGACAUUUGCUGAUUCCUUCACGGCAAUACCAUCGGGAAAAGAAAAACGAAAAAACCACACGUAGUGGUUUUGAGAUCACCAAUUUUGCAUCAUUGGAAAACCACGCCGCGGCUCGAUACUACAGUUAUGACUUCAACAACCGAAACCCCAACACUAGUCCAUCACAGAAUAUGAGCACUAUGGACAAAGGAGACAUUGAUGAAGGUUUCACGUCGGUCUCGGGGAUUCAAUAUUCUCCCAACAUUCUGGAUGACCCCGAGUUGAUUGCUGGGAAGCAUCGGACACUUUUGACAUUCACGUCGUACAUGACAUCGGUCAUCGAUCACGUGCGCCCGUCCGAUCUUAAGAAGGAGCUGAACGAUAAGUUCCGCGAAAGAUUUCCGCACAUACAGCUGACACUGAGCAAAUUAAGAAGUAUCAAGCGUGAAAUGAAACGCAUGAAUAAACUGGACUCGAGGAUUGAUUUCCUAACUAUAUCGCAGGCGUACGUUUAUUUUGAAAAGUUGAUUUUAUCCAAUUUAAUCAAUAAGGAGAAUCGUAAGCUGUGUGCUGGCGCCUGUCUUCUGCUAAGUGCCAAACUGAACGACGUCAAAGGUGAAGCAUUGAAAAGCCUGAUUGAGAAAACGGAAAAUUUAUUUCGUGUCAAUCGCAAGGAGCUGAUUGCAUUCGAAUUUGCAGUACUUGUUGCACUGGAGUUCGGCCUGCAUGUCCCUACCAGUGAGAUUCAUCCACAUUAUCAACGUUUAAUGUAUGAAUCUUGA